AUGAACUCCAAGCCCUUGGCAAUGAAAGAAUCAACAACGCCCGGCGUCGGUGGUGGUGGUCCGCCUCCGCAAUUGUUAUUCCCGUCGCUGCUUUCUAGUGGGUCUGCGGCCCUGGACGUGAGUAAGCCCAUGGUCACUGGGAAUUUCAUCAAUCAAAACAAUAGCAAUAGCAAUAAUAAUGGUAAUGGUGGUGAGGCGAUUUCUCUUGCGGGAGUGACGUAUUCAAAAGGGGAGAAUAUCAUUGGUGACGAUAGUAGUGAUGAUGAGGAGGAGGAGGAGGAGGAGGAGGAGGUGGUAGUAAUUGGUGAUGGUGGAGGAGUAAAUCAAAUCAUGGAAAAGUUAACAAUUAAUGAGAUGGAUAAUGGUCGAGCUAUGGAAAAACUGGCAAUCAAUGAGCUAGAUAUGGAAAAUUUUGCAAUUAAUAAAACAGAUCUGCAAAAAUUUGCCCCCAACGCGGAGGAGAAACUUCAAGAAACCCUUGAUCCUUUAGUUUCUAUUCCUGUUUCGGACCAUCGAAAGGGUUUGGUGGAACUUGACGAUUCGAAAAUGCUGGACAACGUGGAUGGAAAUUCGAAUGUCAUGGCCGAUGGGAAUACAAUUCUCAAAGUUGAAGACAAAGGAAAAGAAAAAAUAGAACAAACAAAUGAUGAAGUGACAAUAGAAGAGGACAAGGACAAGGACAAGGUUGAACAACUCCAGACGAUAAGAAAAUCAUCAAUCACCACGGAAUCCAAAGAAUAUAUCAUCAAUCGAGUCCAAGUGCCUUUGAAAUCGAAAGAGGAUUUGGAGUUGCAAAAACAACGGAUCCAAGAAACGAAAUUGAAAAAUGAUCACGACCGGACAAAGUUGAAUAAGAAAGACCCUAAUAAUUUACCGUUUGAUUUCCAGCGAUUCUUAACCUAUUUGAAAAGUAAAAGCGCCGAGUCGAUCGUGAAAUAUUUGAAAUCGUUCAUGAUCGCGUUUAGUAAAAAAAACUGGCAGAUUUCCGAACAGGUGAAAUUGAUCAAUGAUUUCAAGAACUUCAUUUAUGAUAAGAUGGCGGGAGUAGUACCGUUUGUCAACAUGAAAGAAACGGAAUUUAUUAAUUGUCAAGAGGGCAUGGAGAAAUUGAUCAUGAAUCGUUUGUACGACCAGGUUUUUUCCCCGGUGAUCCAAGGAGAUAAAUUGACAAAUUCCCACCGUGAGGAUAAUAAAAAAGAUGAAUUGUUGACGAACCAAGUGUUGCGAUUUAGCUGGAUCACCAACCGACAUUUGGACUUGGAGGAUGGGUUCAUCAUGGCGGGAGAGACGUUUGUUCAGAUGGCGAUCGCCGAAUUGAUCAAGAUCAACAAUUACCGAUCCCCAAGGGACAAGAUCAUUUGUAUUUUGAAUUGUUGUAAAGUGAUUUUCGCAAUGCUCAAGAACUCCUGCAAACCCACCAGUGCCGACGAUUUCAUCCCCACUUUAAUUUAUGUGGUGUUGAAAACCGACGAAGAUUUACGAUUGAAUUCCAACGUUAGUUACAUUGAACGGUUCAGAAAUGAGGACGGGUUGGCAGGCGAGGUCAGUUACUACUUGAGCAGUUUCUGGGCGGUGAUUGGGUUCAUUGAAAACUUGAACAAAGAGAGUUUAUCAAUUACCCAAGAAGAGUGGGAUAGUCAUAUGAGACCAUUUGAAGAGACCAACAAGAACGAAUUGGCGGACCUUGAACUUUCAAAACAAAACAAACCGACGAAAAACACCGAUAGCGAGCCGAAAAAAACUAAUGAACCCGCGGUUAAUGGGGGGUCGUUGAUCGAUCCUGAAGCCGUUAAGAAUUCGUUAUCUCCAUCAUCGAUCCCCAUUAGUCAGAUUUUUUCGCCGUUCCAAUCGAUUCAAUCGUUCUUUCAAAAUGUCACCGAUGAUAAUAGUAGCCCUAAUAAAUCUUUUCUUGAUGAAGUCAGUGAUGCUAAUAGCCCGGGAAAUAGACCUGUCAUAAAAACGACGACAACGACCACCACCAAAUCAUCAACACAAGAGACAGACCAUAGAGAUUCUCAACUUGCCCAAUCGCAGAAAAAAUCCCAAGAAGAGUAUCUUGCUAAACAAGCGUUUGAAAAACAGGUCCUUGAGUUGACCGAACAAUUACAGGGGAUGUUUCCUUUGCUAGAUAAGGAAAUCAUCAAAGAUAUUGUGAUUAUGAAUAAGGCAAGGGUCACAGAAUGUGUGGACGUUUGUUUGAAUCUUACAGGGGCUACGUAG